CAUUUCAUCUAUCGCUUGGCGAGCAUGCGUUUCAAAUCGGGAGCAGGGAACGGCCAUUGAAUCGAGGCGAAGAAGCCUCAUCUCAAGAAAUGCAGACUGGGCUCCCACUAAAUGAAGCAUGUAAUCUUCAAGUUCGGAAACUAGAGAUCUCCGACAAAAGCAAAGGUUUUGUAGAGCUACUGCAGCAACUGACAGUUUGCAAUACUAUCUCCGAUGAGGAUUUCCAAAUGCGGUUCCAAGAGCUCAGCUCUCUAGGUGAUGACCAUGUGAUUUGUGUGAUAGAGGAUACCAGUUGUGGAAAGAUCGUCGCUACUGGAAGUGUGUUCAUCGAGAAGAAGUUUUUAAGGAACUGCAGCAAGGUUGGGCAUAUUGAAGACGUGGUUGUUGAUCGUGAUUCUAGGGGGAUGCGGUUAGGGAAGAGGGUUCUUUCUUUUCUCACCGAUCAUGCCCGAUCUGUGGGUUGCUAUAAGGUCAUUCUUGACUGCAGCAAUGAGAAUAAAGCAUUCUAUGAGAAAUGUGGCUUCAAGCGAAAGGAAAUUCAGAUGGUUAAGUAUUUCAUCUAAGAAGUUACCUAGUUUGUUCAGCUAUAAGGAAGCAAUUCAUGUCUAACCCAAUUUUACGUUCAUUUUUCUCAAUAAUCUCUCCCCUGAGUUCCCGUUGAUAUGAGUUAGUUACAACAGAUUUUUGUAUUCCGAUAAUUCAAUAGCAAAACUUGCAUUUUCUA